AAAACCCCCCCUCACACCCUACAAUAAUAUAUAAUUCAGUAUCAUCAGAAGCAGCAAGCAAUUCAAAACCCAAUAAUAAUAAUCCUUAUUUUCUCCUCCCUUUAUCGGCAGCCAUGGGAAGACCUCCCUGCUGCGACAAGAUUGGCAUCAAGAAAGGCCCAUGGACUCCCGAAGAAGACAUCAUCUUAGUCUCUUACAUCCAGGAACACGGCCCGGGCAACUGGCGAUCUGUUCCCACUAAUACAGGGCUGUUGAGGUGCAGCAAGAGUUGCAGACUGAGGUGGACGAAUUAUCUGAGGCCUGGGAUCAAAAGAGGCAACUUUACUCCACAUGAAGAAGGGAUGAUCAUCCAUCUCCAAGCCUUAUUGGGUAACAAGUGGGCAGCCAUAGCUUCAUACCUCCCACAAAGGACAGACAACGACAUCAAGAACUACUGGAACACCCAUCUGAAGAAGAAGCUGAAGAAGUUGCAGUCUCCAGGUUCUGAAAACACCGCGCAGAUGGGAUCAGAGAAUUCCCCGACCAGCGCCACAUCGUACCACCUUGUCUCCAAGAACAGCUUCACCGACCGCCCACAAAUCGCCACUUCUUCAUCGUCUCUCUACGCCUCAAGCGCCGAGAACAUUUCCAGGCUGCUAGAGGGGUGGAUGAGAGCUUCAUCCUCUUCUUCUUCGUCCAAGGGGUUUACAACGAACUCCCAUACAAAUAACACCUCCCAUGGCGGCGACCUGGAGGAGGAGGAUGAAGACCUGACCCGCCCGGAGGUGGCGGCAACCGACAACAAUGGGGUGAUUCCGAAGGAGGAGUAUUUGGAUUCUAUUCUGACGUUUGGGAGCUUGAUGAAUGGGAUGGAGAGUGAGAGUUGCAGUGGGAAUAAUAAUAAGCAGAAGGUGAAUGAAGGUAAUGAUAGUGAUAACCCUCCGCCAUUGUCGUUUCUUGAGAAAUGGCUGUUGGAUGAGAGUGCAGCGCAGGUUGAAGAAGAAGAAGGAGAGGAUAAUCAAGGUGCAGUCAUGGAGCUUCCAACAAUCUUUUCAUGACAAUAAAAUCAAUACUACUAUAGUGCUAUUUCAUAGUCAGAAAACCCGACAUGAUAACAACCCUAGUCAGAAAACCCGAUCUGGUAACCCUCGUCGGGAAACCUGACCUGGUAACCCUAGUCAGAAAACCCGACCUGGUAACCCUCGUCGGGAAACCUGACUUGGUAGUAAUCCUCGUCGGAAAAUCUGACUUGGUAACCCUAGUCGAUAAAAAAUCCUAGUCGUCAUCAUCAUUUUUCUUUGCCUUUCUAUAACUGUGAACUAAAUGUUGACUUUAAUUGCUUGUUUUUCUAGUUGCUUUGCUAGAGAUUCUGAAAAAAAUGGCAGAAUCUCUUCCACUUUCUUCUCUUUAUUACUGUAAUUUCUUAGAUACAAAUCUGAGAAUCCGGUGCGAUUAUAUUUCAACUAGACAUGCUAUUUAAAAAAGAGCAUAGUUUACCAUCAAAUUGUACUAUGAACUCUUGUGGUUGUAAUUUCUAAAAUAAAAACCGCCUUUUUAUUCUCUUAA